AGGGUAAGAUGGUAAUUACAAACAUUGUCUGAUCCGUCAGCCCAACGCCUACGGCUACGCAUCGUUUUCAAAUAUAAUAAUAAUAUAUUAUAAUUUGAAUGGCACUUGUCAAAGUAGACGUUGUUCGCCUUUUGCCCCUUUGGCAGUUACCUUCAAACUUUGAAAAUCAAAUCUGCACAACCAACAACACACACACUACACACUGUUACAGUGUAAAAAUAUUGGAUAAAUUAAAAAAAAAACAAAAAAAAUUCCAAUGUGCCCAGAAAAUCAUCCAUGUCAAAUCACCAUUCAAAGUUUUCAAACCCUUUAAACCAUGUAUUCAUCUCCUUCUUCUUUAAAACCUUUGGCAGCAGUGAAAAUUGAUGUUUUAAUGGCGUUUGAUGAAUGAACCCAUUUCUUAAAUAGGAACAAUUUCCAGCUAAAACCCAACCCUAUUUUUGAAUAAAAGCAGUCUCCUUUUUAUGUACCUUUUGUUUUUGUAGUUUGAAAAUGGAAGGUGUGGCUGAGAUGAGCAAGAAGAAAGAUGGGUCCGAGUUGGUUAGUGAUGACUCGGUGACCGAGUCAAGAGAGAGCAGCCGCAGCACUAGUUGUGAGAGUAGAUCGAGUUCUUCUGAUAACUCUUCUUCAGCUCAAUUGGGUUGGCCUAUAAGGAAAGCCGCCAACUGUUUGCAAAAUGGUCUGAAUGAAGAAAAAAGGAAGCCCGCAUUGAAUGUUGAAAUUGGUGGUGGUGAUGAUUCUAGAUUGAAGAAUCAGGGCUCAAAAGUUUCAGAAAUGGAGAUGAUGAAAGGGCGAUUCGCGAAACUAUUACUCGGCGAAGACAUGUCUGGAAGCGGUAAAGGGGUCUGCCCUGCAUUAGCAAUUUCGAACGCCAUCACAAAUCUGUGUGCUACUGUGUUUGGCCAAUUGUGGAGAUUGGAACCGUUAGCAGCCGAAAAGAAAACAAUGUGGCAAAGAGAAAUGGGAUGGCUUCUUUGUGUGAGCGAUUAUAUCGUUGAAUUCACACCGUCUUGGCAAACAGUUCCCGAUGGUAGUAAGCUCGAGGUGAUGACAUCUCGACCGAGAUCGGAUUUAAUUAUCAAUCUCCCAGCUUUGCGUAAACUCGACAACAUGUUACUAGAAAUCCUGGAUGGGUUUACAAAUACAGAGUUUUGGUAUAUCGAACAAGGUGUAACACCGCCAGAAACCGAUGGAUCAGUCUCUUACCGGAAAGCUAUUCAACGCCAAGCUGAUAAGUGGUGGCUGCCUGUGCCGCGUGUACCCUCUGGCGGUCUUCCGGAAGAUUCAAGAAAGCAAUUAACUCACACGCGCGAAUGUGCAAGUCAAAUACUUAAAGCCGCCAUGGCUAUCAACAGCACUUCUUUGUCCGAGAUGGACGUUCCAGAUUCUUACACUGAAACUCUCCCCAAGAAUGGGAGAUCAUGCUUAGGGGAUGUAAUAUACCGUUACAUCACGUCGGAACAUUUUUCAUCCGACUGCUUGCUCGAUUGCCUUGAUCUGUCUUCAGAGCAUGUUGCUCUGGAGAUAGCAAAUCGGGUGGAGGCCGCGAUAUACGUUUGGCGUAGAAAACACCCCAAACAACCGGUUCAUCCUAACCGUUCGUCUGCCAAGUCAUCAUGGGAGAUUGUUAAGGAUCUCAUGAUAGAUGGAGACAAGAGAGAUUUACUCGCAGAAAGAGCCGAAACCCUCUUGCAUUGCUUGAAGCAGCGGUUUCCGAGCCUUACACAAACCACAUUAGACGCAACCAAAAUACAAUUCAACAAGGAUGUGGGAAAAUCCAUUUUAGAGAGCUACUCGAGGGUAUUGGAGAGCUUGGCGUUUAGUAUUGUGGCGCGUAUCGAAGAUCUUCUUUAUGUGGAUGAUAUAACGAAGAACUCUUCUGACAAACUACCUACAGUGAGUUUGAUCACUCACAGAAAGAUGGGGGUCCCGUUUCAGGUGCCUGCCUCAGGCACACCGAAACGAGUGUUGUACUCCACCACACCGAAUUAUUCCCCUGCAGCUCCGUUGAUAAGCCCCGCUAGAGGGGAGAGGACUCCGUUUCUUCAUGGUGGUGGUGGUGGGGCCAAUUGCAAUAAGCCCCCACGUAGGGGAAUGGGUGUGAAAAGGGUGCUGACGAAUUAUCUAGGUGGCGAAACGAAGAUGAAGAAUUGUGGCGGGAAUAUUCUUGAAAGUUUGGGUUCGAUUUCUAAUCGAAUUAGUGAUGGGGCGGUGUCACGUUUGAGUGUUGAAACGAAGGAGGAGUUCGCCAUCCAUAGUGUGACUAGGCCGCAGCAAAUGGACCGAUGAAAAUACUUGGCCGGAUAAAUUCAUGCUUGGCGCUUCUAACAUAAUUUGUUUUCUUUGAUCGAACGGUGUGUCCCAAUGAUUUGUAUGUUCGUCCUUGAUUAUUUUGUUCAGAAAUGGUUAAUUUUUAUUUGAUUAUUGAUCCUUUUGUAGUUGGUUUGAAA